UUCAUUUAAUAACUAUUUGUAAUUUAAAGCCCAAUUGAGUAGGUCUAUAGGCAAAGUUUCACUCGGGAAAUGGUUGCCAGUAACUGGAAGAUGGUGGAAACAACUUACACUGUGCAUGGCUUGACCAGUACUCCCAGUACAGUUUACGACGAUGGAGGGCUGGUCAGUGAUGAAACGCGAAUGAUAUUCCAGAUUGUCAACUUUGCGACCAUCUGUCAAGCCAUCGACGUCUUUGGCACUGUCACCAAUGUUAUCAACGCCAUCAUCUUUGCCAGGAUGGGAUUCAACGAUUCAGUCAACGUCAGCUUGUUUGGACUGGCCAUCUCGGACCUCGGCUGUUUGGUCACCCUGAUAUGGCUCAACACCUGCUUCAACCCGCUCUUCAACCAGUCCGACAUACCGUUCGAAGCAGUGGAGAUACAGUACCUGACCGCUGGCUGGCCUCACGUCAGUUUCACCAGGGUGACCAGCUGGAUCACCGCCUUCAUCACCCUGGAGCGAUGCCUCUGCAUUACCAUCCCGCUCAAGGUGAAGUUGCUUAUCACCCCAAAGCGCGUGGCCGGGGUCGUGGUGUUGAUCUUUCUGAUCAUGGUUGUGGUCACGUUACCAGUGUACUACUGCAACCAAUUCGACUGGAAGUAUUACCCAAGUAAAAACAGAACUCUCCUCGGGCUCGUCUUCACAGCAGACAGGGAGGCGAUUGAGAGAAUCCUGUUCACCAUCAACAGCGUUGUUAUCCCUUUCUCCGCCUUUUUUGCGGUCAUCAUCUGCACUGUCAUCUUAGUCAUCAAGCUCAAAGAAAAGACAAAAUGGCGCCAGUCUUCUACCGCAGCGGGGAAAUCGGAUAACGUUUCCGGCCGCGAUCAAAAAGUUGCCCGGAUGAUUGUCAUGGUUUCCGCGCUUUUUAUCGCGUGCUUUACACCGAUGACGCUCUUCUUCGUUGGAAUGAUAGUCGUCCCGGAACUCUCCAUUACAGGGAAAUACAGAAACAUAUUCUUCAUCUGUUCAUCUUUUUCGUUUAUCUUAGAAUCAACCAAUUCGUCACUAAAUAUUUUCAUCUAUUAUUCAAUGAGUAGUAAAUACAAGUCCCAGUUUAAUCGCAUGUUUUGUAUCACAAGUCAAACUGUUGACGGGAAAGAAGAAUUAUAGAUCUAACUAUUGUGAUGGCAUUCACUUGCAAACAUUUAUUUUGUUUGACUCGGUCCAAAACGUGCAAUGACUCUCCGGUAGAUGAAGAAAGCUCAAGAAAGUUGACAUCCAGCCAGAAUAUUUCUACAUAUGAAUGUCUGCUUAGGCCUAUAUUCUACGAUUAAUUUGUUUGAUGUCAUACAGUAUUUUUUCAUAAGUAGUAUAGUAGGUCUAUAUUGACCUAAAGCAUAUAGUUUUGUACAAAGUUAAGAGUAUUUCAAUAUUUCCUAAUUAAAAUAACAACUUAGGGUCGGGAGAUACCGCAUUGGGGCAUUUGCUUAACACUCAAGUUUUUGUACACAUGACUAUAUCAAACUGAGAUUUUAUUGACAAUAUACGACUUCCAUUCAUUGACCUACCUACAUAUUGUAUGCAGUUUUAACUCUUUCUCUCCGUAAUUAUUUACAACAUUCUGUUGGAAUCAACGUUGGUAUCGUCUGUUAGGAGAGAAAGAGUUAAACAAACAAGAAAAACACUAAAAAUUCUUUUUUUUUUUAAAACAAUACCUCCUUUAUACGACCUAUAGAGCGAUUUGUUUUUCUCGGGGAUAUACUUCAACAUUUCUAGGAAAAUCGUUAGAGCCGUUGUUUUUUUUUUAUAUCCUUGUCCAGGUUCCACCCAGGUUCUUUCGUGAUGCUCUGACUUGAAUAGAGGUAUUUUAAAAACGAGGUAAAUACAAAUCUGAUUAAAACGAAAUUUAAUUACAAAGAUUCACACUGUUCAUCUCAAUCUCUGUACUGAUUUAUACCAUGUGUUGUUUUAAUUAGGCUGCAUUAUCAUUAUCUUGUAAUGAAAAAUAAAAGUACGUGACGUCAGACCUGUGACGUGGCAAGGAGCUAUUGGUCCAAACUGUCCACAGGCUGAGACGUCGAAGGUCAGUGUUCACGCCUUCCAUAACAAUUGGUCUAGAAUGAACAAGGCGAUGGUGUGGUUUCAGGGGCGGACUGGGUGUCGAUAUCGGAGAACUGAACUCAUGCAUGCGGCUGCAUGCGUAGGUUUACCUACCUUGUAGACUAUUUGUAAUCUCAAUGCCCAAGCUUAAUUAGUUUGAACUGCGACUUUCUGCGUGCGAUUUAUUGCCACUAACGUCAAUGCUAUAGGACUUCAGGAAAUAAGAGGCCUAAUAUUGUUAAUUAAUCACUUCGUAUAUUCUAUGUAUAAGGAAUUGAAGUUCACUACUAAUACGCUAUACAGAUGUAAGGGUGUUAAAUCAUUACGGAAAAUGUAUUAGACUUACUUUACACUGUAAAGUCUGUAAAAAUAUAUAUAUAUAAAUGGUAAUGUGAGGGCUAGUUGUGACGCUCUAUUGGUCCUUUUUUGGAAAAAAACAACAACAAAAAGGCUAUUACGGGCCAAACUUUAUUUCCAUGUGACCGUUUUGACGUCAGCCAACUAGCUUAUUUGAGUACCAGUCAACCGAGCAUCUGCCCAAAUGCCCUUAUGGACAUUUCAUCCCCAAGUGUAAGAGACAUUCGUGGCAAUAGCCAGCUAGAGGGUCUGGAGGUGUACUGUAAGUAUCUACAAUGCACUAUUUCUCCUAGUUACUAGUAAGAAGAGCGCAGGUCAAAUAAACUGAAUUAAGAAUUGGUUGAACGGGCCGAAAUGUAAGAGCCCUUCGAGGCAGUAGAGCAUGGCAUGUACUUUUGUUAUGUUCUUAAUUCUUGCAUGAUCCUCCUUAUGAGGCAAGACGUCUUGUAGCGGGUCUGUUUUGUUCACACAAGAGACGUCAACAGAACGAUGAAAGAAUUUGACGAAUAGUACGUAAGAAAGACUAAUGGAAUAGAAUCACAUUGGCGAGGACGCAUUGAAACAUCUUCUUAAAAAAAAAAACUACUUUGUAUUUAUCUUGUUCAAGAACAUGAAACUUCACUUAAUUUUAUAAAUUAUUUUUAACGUUGAGAAGUUGAAUACUCUAAUACGAAUGUAUAACUUCAAUGCAAAUACAAGAUUCUGUGUUGUUGAAUAAAAAAAGCUGCUUUAUUUAUUAUCUUGUUCCUAUUAACGUGAAUUUAAAAAAAAUUGUGUCCUAAAACUUUGAUCGAAACAU